CCCAACCACCAAAUAUUCACCUCACUAGCCAAGCCAAAAUACCCAACACAUCACCCAUCCAUUUUGCCCUCUAAUAUGGCCGAAAAUCCCCUUCCAUUCAUGAAUAUUCAUUCAUGAAUCCCUGUCCCCAUUUUCCCUGAUUUUAUUCCAUGAAAGGACUCAAGCACAUGACUGCAUUUUCUAGGAUUUGUGGAAGAAAUAGCUUAGUAUUUUCCUUUGUAUGAGUGCCUUUAAAUUUCGGCCAUAGGCCUAUUGUAAUGCUCAGAUUUUUAUUCUUCAUUUCAAGAUAGAAAUACACUGGUUGUAUUCUGUUUUCAAAUCCUAAUUUCUAUAUCUUAAGGUUGGUUUCCUUAAGUGUGAGUGUUAGGUUCUAGUUAUUUAAUUGAGUGUGUAAUAUCUUAAUUAAAUUCUAGACUCAAACCCCAAGUGAGGAUAAGAGUGUGUUAUAUCUCUUAAAACCUACUUGGUUUUUAUCCCUUUUCCCCUCUUAUUUUCCCUUCCAAAUUUUCGGCCCUCCUAAAAGGCACAACCAGUAUCCCCCUUUUUCUCCCCUAUUCUUAUGCCUUUAAACCAUCUUAAAAAUCAACCCUUCAUCCUCCUCCAUAUACUCGACCAGUCCACUCCCCUCCCUUUCCAAACCCAAGCUUAAAUAUAUCAGUAUGUGUUUGGACUCUGGUUUAUGAAGUCCAUUGUACUACAUUUUUCCACCAGAAUUGAAAUCUGAAACCAGUUGUUUUGGCUUGGAUUCAAUCCUUUGAGUCUGGACCGAUUUGAUCCAUACGCUUUCGUUUCAGUGUGGUCCGGUCCAGUUUUUAGACCUAUGAAACUGCAAUAUACACUCUAAAUCCCAAACAGAAUUUGAGAUGGAGAAAUCCGGAGAUCCUACCAAUAAUUCGCGUCCUAACUCUAUAGCGAUCAGUUUGCCCUAUGUGAAAGAGAUGUAUUUGAGCGAUUGGUGGCUGAUAAAAGUCUCUGAACCGGGGCAAAUGGGAGUAGCAGGAUUCACUUUCAAAGAGUACUGUUUCUCUUCUAUCAGUGUCUAUUUCCUUCUUUUUCGUAAUCUAUUUGUGGAACAACUGCUUGUUUUGUUUGUGUUUAUGCUCUUGUUUGGAGCUGGUUUGGUAUCUAGUCAUUGCUUCUGAUGAAUAGCAAUGAAGAAUACAUGAUUUUGGCCUUCCAUUCUGAUAAAUAUUUUUGUGCUCGGUUUUAUACGGAUUGCUAUAUAUUACAUGCUGCCUUCAUUGUCAAGACUCAUUUUGGACAAUGUUUUAGCUUCAGAUCUAUAAUGGACUACAUCAAAAGAUGGCACUUUAACCUUCCUUGCUUCUUACUUUGCAUGAAGUUUUAGGCAGUAAAUGCACCAAAGGUCUUAUAAAAAUGGUCCCUCUAAUUUUUAUGGGGUAAAGUUGUGUACACCUAGAUACAUGUUUACUUAGACACUUCAGCGUAGCUCUCUUCAUAAUAAUUGCAGUCCUGUACCGUAAGAUAUUGGAUUUGUGAUAAACUAUACCUUCCUCUUUAGGAAUGCAACGGAACCCUGUUUAGUAUUCUUGAAUAAGGUUUUAACGUGUAAGACCACAUUUUAAUUAAGCAUAUAUAUAUAUGUGUGUGUGUGUGUCUAUAUAUAUAUAUAUAUAUAUAUAUGAGAUGGCGUUUCUAGAGAGAAGGAGGAGCGGCGACCGGCGUUUUCCUGGCGAUUUCAACCACCGAGGCCUCAAUAUCGGAUUCAAUGGCGAUCUCCUGUACUCCUCCCAUCAAGUCCGGCGGCCAUCAAUUUCCUUCAUCGGCAAACCUAAUCUUCAGGCAAAUAACAGUAGUCACUCAAGAUAUACUAGGAGCAAUGCCCGAUGCGAUGGAUUCCAAAGGAACCGAAUCAUUCAUCGCCUUCCGAAGCCCCCCUCUCAUCAACGACAGCAUAAAUGGCCUUUCAAAGACCCCCUCUUUAAGGGAAAGCACGACCGGUAUGUCUACAGUGAAUCGAGAUUACGCUUCAAUGGAUUUGCAGAGUGUUCAACAACAACCACCCGAAACAUCAGAUUCAAAUUUCAGACUCAUAAUAAGGUAUUUGAGCUCUUUUAUUCCAUCUACAAUCACAACUUCUGCAUUUCUGAUUUCGGAGCUAGAAGAUAUCACAUUUGGUUUGAUUUGGACACGAUUAAUUGGAUCCUGGGUUCCCUUCCGUUUUUCUCACAGCCUAAUUGUAGGGCAGUGUCCAAGUUUGAGGACAAUAGAACCUUAGACCUUUCCAUUGGUUCCAAUAAAUGGGGCAAAUUUGUGAAAAUCCAAGAGUCUAGAAGAGAGGGCAGUACAUUUCUUAUUAUCCCCUUCGACUCAAACGCUGAUGGCCCAAAACUUUUCACAAAGGCCCUUGCCAUAUUCACCAAGAGAGCUACCAAUCUUGAGUAAUUUGAGUUGGAGCUUGAUUUUACUCUUCUCAUCAAUGCCAAAUCUCCCUGGUGUGCUAGCUCAGCUGCAUGGAUGCUCCCACUGUUUGGACGGAGGGAUGACAGAAUACAUUGGGUUGGACGUUUAUCUUUGGAACCUCCCCCUGCAGAAUUAUUUUUAGCUUUGUUGUACAAUGUUCAAUGCAGCAGUUUCUUGAGAUUAGGAGAUUUAUGUGGAUGUGGUGGAAAUUCUGGAUGCUGAUCUUUACAAACAGAAGGAACAGAAUGCAAGACUAGAUUCGGGCCAUGCUUCUGUUUUGGUUCUCGCUGGUAGUGAGCAAUUAUUAAAGUGUUGUUUGCCAGUUUGUGGGUUGUACUGUUUCCCUUUUGUUUUGGUCUGUUCCUUUCUUUAGUGCUUUGGUUUUUUUCUCCUGUGGUUUUGCUUUGGCCUUGUGUUGGGGACGGCCAACCCCCUCUUGUACCUUUCUCCUUUUAUGUUUAUAAUAAAACAAUCCUUUAAAA